CGUCGCUCGAGUCUCGCGUUCUCCUCGAUAUUCUCAACAAAAUGUCUUUCGUUCGUCUUGCCCUUCGCAGCGCUGCGCGCCCAACUCUCGCUGCCCGUGCCCUCCCCAGGACUCAGUUCCCCCGCUUUGCUCCUCGGGCAGCCUUCUCGGCCGCUGCAGGUCUUUCUAAAGGAGAGAUUGAGACGCGUGUGUUGGAUGUACUGAAGGGCUUUGAGAAGGUCGACCCGGCAAAACUUUCCCCAACAUCGUCAUUUUCGAGUGACUUGGGUUUGGACAGUCUCGAUGCAGUAGAGGUUGUUAUGGCCGUAGAGGAGGAGUUCUCUAUCGAGAUUCCAGAUGCCGAGGCGGAUGACAUCAAAACAGUGAAGGAGGCUAUCGACUACAUUGCCCGAACUCCUGAAGCGCAUUGAGUUCUGGAUACUUCCCUGCCCACUAGCUGUAUUUCCUUUUUCAAUAUCACCGCUUUUGAACCAUCAUGACCGCGCGCGUGAUGUACAUCUUCCUUGAAGCCGAGGUUGCUGGCGUCCGCUUUGUGCUAGACAGAAUUGCAAUGAACAACAUUACGUUGCGGCCCGC